UCAUCAUCAUCCUUGUCCUCCAGCUUAUCCUUAGCGUGCGACAGAACCCGCAGCAGCGCUGCCGCCUCGUUCUCUGCCGCCGCCCCCUCUUCCCACAGAUGUGAUCUUCGUGGUGGGAAGCUAAGUUUUUAAACUACCCCAAUGGAUGCAGACAGUGAUGUUGCAUUGGACAUUAUAAUUACAAAUGUAGUCUGUGUUUUUAGAACAAGAUGUCAUUUGAACUUAAGGAAGAUUGCUUUGGAGGGAGUAAAUGUAAUUUAUAAGCGUGAUGUUGGAAAAGUAUUAAUGAAGCUGAGAAAACCUAGAAUUACAGCUACAAUUUGGUCCUCAGGAAAAAUUAUUUGCACUGGAGCAACAAGUGAAGAAGAAGCUAAAUUUGAUGCCAGACGUUUAGCCCGCAGUCUUCAGAAACUAGGUUUUCAGGUAAUAUUUAGAUUUAAGGUUGUGAACGUUUUGGCGGUGUGUAACAUGCCGUUUGAAAUCCGUUUGCCGGAAUUAACGAAGAACAACAGACCUCAUGCCAGUUACGAACCUGAACUUCAUCCUGCUGUGUGCUAUCGGAUAAAAUCUCUAAGAGCUGUAUUACAGAUUUUUUCAACAGGAAGUAUCACAGUAACAGGGCCCAACGUAAAGGCUAUUGCGACUGCUGUGGAACAGAUUUACCCAUUUGUGUUUGAAAGCAGGAAAGAAAUUUUAUAAUUCAUCAUGUAAUUGGUUAGAAUUCCUAACUGAGCACCUUUAAAACCUGCUGCACAUUGGACUCAAAACAAAAGGAAAACUGGACCAACAGUAAUUGAGGAAAUAGACUCUUUUAUUCAUUCACGGCUACAGUGUAAGCUCCAAGCCCUUUGGAUUUUAUUUCAAACCUUGCUGUAAUAUAAAAAGGAAGUUUACAAGACAUGACAUUGCUGCUUUUACAAAAGUACAUUCUAUUUAUUUUCG